AUGGCGGCUCGAGCGAGGCGCUCGAGCUAGCGGAGUGAAGCCGUCAGUCAAGGCGAGCGGCGCACCGCAGUUCAUAAGGUGUGCGCGGCGGCGGCGGCGGCUCGUGAGGCGUCUGGCGGGGACGGCGAUGGUCCGAGGCCUGUGGGAGUAGCGCGCCAGGAGGAGAGACUUGGUUCAAGAUGUUUUCAAAAUGGAGUUGGUUACUGCAAGCUGUGUGUACUCUCCUGAGCAUUUACUCCUUUGGAGUUUCAGAUGGAUAUGCGCGAUCAUGUGGCUAUAUAACUCCGGAGUCUGCUGUAGUAUCCCUUGAGUCCAGCUUUACAGCAUACUGCAUUCUUAGUGACUAUUGUCUAGAUUAUGGCAACCUUCGUGCUGAUAAAGUUAUCUGGAGAAUUCAAACUAAGGUUGUUCCUAAAGAACACUAUAGCAUAAUAAAUGAAACUGUUUCAAGAGUAACAUUCAAUGACACGUCUAUAUUGGCUUCUCCUCUGACUUGUAACAUCUUAGUGGCAGGAAGCAUUGAGCAGAACAUCUAUGGAAUUCAAGUUGCCUUGGGCUUUUCUCCAGACAAGCCUGAGAAUUUGAGUUGCAUUGUGCAUCAGCUUCAGACAGGAAGAAAGAAAUAUUCUCAAACUUGUACUUGGGAGCCUGGAAGAUACACAUUUCUGGACACCAAUUAUACUUUGAAAUCUCGAUGGCCAAACGAAGAGUUCCCUGACUGCCUGGGUGCCAAUAAUUCUUGUACCAGUACUGCGGUUGUAUUUUUUGUUGACUUGGAAGUGUGGGUAGAAGCAAAGAAUGCUCUUGGGAUAGUUGAAUCUGACCGCAUUGUGUUUGAUCCUAUAAAACAUGUAAAACCGCUGCCGCCAUCCAAUCUGUCCCUCAACUCAGGAGAACUUCCCAGAGUCCUAAAGCUAUCAUGGGAAAACCUAUUUCAUGAAGCACCACUGGAGCUGAGAUUUCAAAUUCGAUACAAGAUCAUUGACAGUAUAAACUGGAUCCAGGUUCCUCUUGAAGACACAGCAACACAGAGAGAUUCCUUCUUCAUUCAAGACCUCAGACCAAACACAAAAUAUGUGUUUCAGCUGCGUUGUGUAACUAGUUGGGGAGAGCACUGGAGUGACUGGAGUAAAGAAGUAGUUGGGUUCACAGCUGAAGAUAAACCAACUAAAGGACCAGAUCUGUGGAGGAAGAUUAGUCCUGUUCACUCACCAGAAAACUGGACUCUGGUGCUGAUCUGGAAGGAGUUAAAUCCUUCUGAAGCUAAUGGAAUAAUUUUGAAAUACGAUGUAUCUAUCUUGGGAAAGCCACCACUUCAUUUUCAACAGCAAUUCUACAGUCUAAACACCACACAGCUGACUCUAAAUGUAGAAAAUGGGACAUAUGAAGUGAGAAUUAAAGCAUCAAACAGUGUGGGUGAAUCUCCUGCAUCAGUUUUGCUGAUCCCAGCAACUAACUCAAGAGCUCCUGUGAAAAAUCUUACAGCAUUUCCUAAAGAUGGCAAGCUCUGGGUAGAGUGGAUAGCUCCUAAAACUGAUGUUAAUAGAUACAUAAUUGAAUGGUAUGAAGAAUGUGACAAUUUGACAUGUGCUAGUGAAUGGCAACAGGAAUCUGGAACAAAAAAUUGCACAUUUUUAAGAGGAGGCAUAAAGCCACGGAAAAGCUAUAAAAUAAGUGUGUAUCCAUUAUAUUCAAAUGGUCAAGGAGAAGAAAGAUCAAUACAAGCAUACCUUGAAGAAGAUGCACCUGCUAUAGGUCCCACUGUUCGCACAGCAAAAGUUGGAAAAACUGAUGCCCUUAUUGAAUGGGAACCUCUUUCAGUAGAAGAACAGAAUGGAUUUAUCAAAUACUACAAUAUAAUUUACAGAACAGCUACUGGAAAUGAAACGGUUGUGUUUGUGGACCCUUCUAAAACGGAGUACCCACUGUCGUCCUUAUCAAGUGACACUUUAUAUAUGGUGCAGGUAGCAGCAUACACAAAAAAUGGAGGGAAAAGGGGUCCUGCUUUUACAUUUACUACAAAGAAAUUUGCGGAAGGAGAAAUUGAAGCAAUUGUUGUCCCUGUGUGCCUAGCAAUCCUGCUAUUUACUCUUUUAGGUGUAUUAUUUUGCUUCAACAAACGAGAUAGCAUCAAGAAGCACAUCUGGCCUAACGUGCCUGAUCCUUCUAAGAGUGUUAUUGCCCAGUGGUCACCACAAACGCCAUCAAAGCAUUUUCAUCAUUCCAAAGAUCAGAUAUAUCCCGAAGGCAGCUUUACUGAUGUCAGUGUGGUUGAAAUUGACAAGAAGUCAUUUUCCGAACAGGAUCCUAAGCCUUUUGACUUGCUUAGAAAGGAGAAGAAUGCCUCCGAAGGGCACAGCAGUGGUAUAGGGGGGUCAUCCUGCAUGUCUUCUCCUCGACAAAGCGUUUCUGACAGCGAUGAAGGCGAACCUGCUCAAAAUACUUCCAGCACUGUGCAGUAUUCAACUGUUGUACCCAAUGGCUACCGGGACCAGAUACCUUCAGUCCAAGUCUUUUCAAGGUCUGAGUCAACGCAGCCUCUACUAGACUCGGAGGAGAGGUCUGAAGAUCCGCCAGUGCUGGGAAGCGACAACUCAACACCAAGACAUCGCUAUUUCAAACAGAAUUGUAAUAACGAUGAUACAGUCAUGGAUGAGCCUCAUUUGGAUGGGGCAAAACAGAUUUCUCCAAUAAAUGAGGAAGAUGCUGCUGGACCUCAGACUUUGCAAAUGUGUAGCUCUGGCCCAGAUGAACAUGAUGUUGCCUUAGCAGGUGCUUUCCACCCAAGCCCCAAAGGACUAGCUGCAGAGUUUGAAACAAUGAGAACAAAUGCAGUGACAGAGGAUGAGGUCCCAAAGUGUUACUUACCACAGACUGUAAAGCAGGGUGGUUAUAUGCCCCAGUGAGGAGACGCUGCCACCAGUAGAUACUGUUACAUUAUUGGUUCUGAUAAGUUAAACUGUUUUUUUAAUCUUGCUUCUGCUGAACAAUUCAGGUUCAUUUAUGGAAGAAAACGUGGACAACAUGGGUUUGCGGACUUUGAUUUAAGUUGGAAGUUUCCACCCGUUCUUGCAGAGAUAUUCCUUCACGCACUACAUGUCACUCAACUUUUCAGGCAAAUUAGUUGCCAUUCAGUUUUCUUCUGGGGCAUCACACUUCUUUUAAAGUAAAAUGGAACACACCUCGUUUGGUCAGAGGUAAAGGCAUAGAGAUGGAGACUGACUGUGAAUACCUUCUUACCGGAUGAAGAGAUUAGUGUAUUAUAUUAUGAAAUGUGCUCUUUUCAUCAACUUUGUUGUCAGCUUUGUAAAAGUACAGUGUUUUAUACUGGAACAACUGUGCUUUAAAAAUAAUCUGGAGACCAAAUCUGUGGCCAAACGUAUGGCAGAAUCAGAAUAUUAUAUGGCAUCUAAUAUUCCCAGAUUAAUGGACCAGAAACACUUUGUUUGGAAAUGUGCCCUCCUUGCCAGUCAAGAACUACAAGCCAGUGGAGUGAGAUAUUUAUAUGAAUCAUGACUGUCAAAAUGUUAUUAACGUCAAAUGCCAGUAUUUCAUACCCUUCCUGUCUUGCAAAUUGAGCCAAAUCUACUACCGUUUAAACACUUUUAGAACUCAUAACCUGUGUACUUAUAAGUGCACUUUUUUGCUUUUUAUCAGGAUAGAUUUGGGUGAAGUAAACAUAUUUAAUAAUAGAUAAUGAAGUUAUAUAGUAAGUGUGUUUUUAAGCGGGAAAGUCCACUGCUCUUUCUGACUGCCAAUGCCAGGUUCUAGUAUUCCCUGCUGCCAUUAUUAAUUUGUAGAACAGAAGAAGAAAACUGCAUAGCCACAACGGACCCACAAAGACAUCUUGAAGAACUGCAAUAUUGGCACUCUGCAUGGAGGGUUUUCUCUUUCGCCAAUGAAUAAAUCUAGAAACAUUUCUUGCAGAUUCUAUUUGUAUUUAAUAUAAAAUCAUUAAGUUGAGACUGAUUUUUGAAGCAAUCCAAAAGCACUACAAUUGUUUUAACAGGAAAUAAAAGUUAAUUUGAUUCUUCCUCAACAAUUUAACUAUGGUAGUGAUUGUGUUUUGAAAUCUCAGUGGCUUUUACUUUGUAAGCUCUUGCACUGCAAUUGGUGGCUAUGAAGAUCAGCCAGCCAGUCUCUUAAGAAUGAAUAGCUGUAAAACACAUUUUAAUGUUUUAAGGGUUUCUUCUAUAAAAACAAUUCUGAUUACAGCAAUGUUCUUGGAGUUCAUAAAUUAUAAUAAUGAAUUUGUGCCAUAACCACCUCCAGAAUUGUUUUUUUAUGUUGAGCUAAUAGAUUUCCUCUUCACCUGCUUGUAGUGCACGGCUCCUUAAUGCCAAUUUUAUGAUCCAGUUAUACUUCAUCCAGUGCUCUAAAAAUGUAAUGAAUGCCAACAAUAUUCAGUCCAUAGUUUAUUGUGAUUUUUCUAUUUUUCAGAAACAAACCUUGCCAAGAUUUAUUUUGGGGGAAAGCAAAGUUAACACUGUGAAUCGUGUUCUGGGUGCUUAAUUAAACCUGCAAUCCUAACACCUUACCUGGGAGUAAGCCCCAUUGUGCUUUUUGAACUUGUCCUAUACAGGCCCCAGUAAAAUAAAUGUAAGUUUCUCAGUGGCAAAAGCAGUCUGUUGUGACCAUAAUACAGUCUUCUUGUAGGGUAUCACAAGUGUCAGAAUCCCAUUUUAAUGCUUGAGCUGUCUGUCUUCAUGUUAGUCUCCAACACAGACAAUUUAGUUCUACAAUCACCUUACUUCAUUACAGUUAAAUAUAGUUUAAAACACGUUGUUUGAAGUUUAGACUCUCCUUUCCUUGUUUAGCAAGCUUACCUCAUCAAAAUUUAAAAAUAUUUUAAAAUAAAAUUAAAAAAUGGAUCUUCAGUGGAAGUACUCAUGAAAGUUUUAUUGAGCAUUUUCAAAAGUUUGUCACAGGGUAUGGUAUGAGACAACAUGGAACUAUACCUUGCUAAAGCUUAGUAGGUUUAGGUCUGGUCUGUCCUGAAUGGGGACUACCUGAGAGUCAUGCGUGCCUUGCCUUGGGUUCCAUAAUGAAAGAAAGGCAAGCUAUAAAUUGUUUUCCUUCUCUGGUACUCUAAAUGCGCUAUCCCUCUUGGUGAUUUGUUAUGCAGAACACAGAGUAUAGUCUUGACAUUUAUUUGGGAGGGGCUGUCUCAAUCAAAUCAAUGCCACUAACAGUGCAAUCGUAUACAUGUCUACUUAAAAAUAAGUCCCAGAGUUCAAUGGAGCGAGCUCCCAGGUGUGUAUGAAAUAAGAGUACAGAAUUCUAGCCUUAAGUAAGCAAUCCUAUGCACACUUCCUAGUUCCAUUGAAACCAGUGGGAUUUAACUUCUGAAGCUUUCCUGGUGUGCAGAGAGGAAAUGUCCAAUCGCCCAUUGCCUGUGAAAGUUGGGCUUUAGUUCCACCUGGUGGUUGAAGGCAAGAUGAACUCUUGGGAAGAGGAAGCUCCCACAAUUCAGUUUACUCCUGCCUUUGUGUAUUUAAUACACCAUUCUAAUGUUGAAAAAAGAGUUUUGAGAUUUUGCUUCAUUUGGCCGCACCAAAAGCUGAUUUGUGACAGUAAAAAAUAGCACCUAACAUCUUCCUCAGGCAUGUCAACACUAAAUUGACUGAAUCCAGUUAACAGGCAAUGUAAGGUAAAAGGUUAUUUACAUGCUAUAUAUAUAUGUAUGUAUCUUUGUGGGGGAGAUUUCACAUGUGACAUGCUUAUUUUCUGUAUUAAGAAAGCCACACUGCAGAAAUUGACCUUAAAGCACUGCUUUCAAAAAAUACAAAACAAAAAAAACCUGAACACCUGUUUUUAAACCAGAGUUCUGAAGCAAGCUGAAAUAAAAAUGUAACUUUUUUUAAGGUUAAGUAUUACCCAUUCCUUUGUGAGAGAUAGAAUUGUUAUGUAAUAAAAUUCUACAUACAUGUAAUUUUGUUCAUAAAAUUCAAACUAAUGUGGCAUUAAGUGUGACUUAUAAUUAAACACUGUGGUUUUUAUCAUGCAUGGAUUUAAACCAGAUUCUGUUCUUAAAUACUCAGAAUUAAGGCUGAGUUCAGUAGGACUUGCACAUGGAUGCCUUGCUUGCAUUUGGUGUCAGUGGGGUGAAACAACAAAGACCAUCAUACAAGCUCUGGGUUCAGAUGUUCUGGAGCAAUGCAUUCCCUAACUCUGUAUAGCAUUUGUACAUAGGCUGGUUGCAGGGAUAGUACAAAUACAUUAACAGUUUAUGCUGAUACAUGCAUUCCAUCCUAUGUAAUAUGCUACCCAUGUCUCUCUCUCACCCAAUACUGCCUCCUUAUGUUGCUUGUUAGCUAAAGUGAUGGACCAACAAAAUGUAUGGAGAUAUACCAUGCUCUGUUCUGACUGCUGGGUGGAAUGUUUGCUGGAGAACUUUGUCUUUUAAGUCUGCAGAAAAGUUGGAAACCUCAUUUGAUUUCAAAACAGCUGUGAAAAUUUGAUGCUGAACAUCAGUAUUGUAGCUUACUGCUCCAGACAUAUAUCUGGUAAAGGUUCAUAAACGCCUUUUGAUUGUCAACUCAGUAAUGCACACAGUGCUUAAUUUUUCAUCAGGACCUGUCUGUGCUGCAGCUUGAUGCAACCAUUUACAAUCAUUCACAUGACUAAUCACUGUACUCUAGGAGGAAGGUUCUUGUCUGGGGCAAUUAACUAAGAUGUACUUCCUACUUCCUGUCUGGCUUGGCUAGAUGUGACCUGUUUCAACCAAGACCAUACAAAUGCAAGAAAAUCUCAAAGAUAAGGCACGGUCUUGAAGUUGCAGCCACUCAACUUCAAUAGGUCACACUUUAGUGAAGACAACAUUCCACAAAAAAAAGGAAAGCUGUGCAAACAUCUUUCAGGCCUGCCUGGAGCAAUUCCCAGAAUUUCUUGGACAGUUGUUUCAGGUCAACUGACAGUCAAUUCAGCUCCCAACUAAGCACUGACAUGUAGUCAACUGCUAGCAUAAACAAGCCCUUGGCCAUCCCUUAUAUAAGAACAUCUGAUACCCAUUCUCAUCUCUAUAUAGGUGCAUGUUUGUCAUCCUCACAGUGUUGUGCAAACUAUUGUUAACAUAUCUCUGUAGCCUUCAGUGUUUUUGGAGUACCGUAUGUUGUAUGUGUAUGUUGCUUUUCUAGCUGCAUAAGACUAUGAAGUCAUAAUUAAAAGUUGUCUUUUUGUUUCUCAGUA